AUGACGUUUUUUGCGAUUUUUUUGCAGCGCAACAAAAUGAAUCCGUUGACAGCGAUAAAAAAUCAGAAUAAAAUCACCGAACGGGAAUUGCUACUGGGAGGAACCACCGGGAAAUCAUGGCAUCAGCAGUACGCCGGCUCAGCAUGGAUUUACGUGGGUGGAUUGCCGUAUGAACUGAACGAGGGCGAUAUUAUUACUGUCUUCUCGCAGUAA